GAAGAGAAGCUUAAAAAAGACCAACGCUGCCGCAAUCACGGGGUUUUUGUCAAGGUGUUUACAUAGUUUUUGCUAUUUAAUUCUCGAGGAGGAUUGCCUCAAUUACUUUGCAUUUUCACAGAAGGAUUUUGAAUAUAUGUUUUCCAUGCAUUUAUGGCAACAUGAUUCUUCCGGGGAGGACAAGCUCUGUGUGGAUUUACUUCGUCUUUGUGCUGCUGGUUUGCUGCUGGGAAGCGACUCUAGGACAGAUUUCUUACUCCGUGUCAGAGGAGGUAAACCAAGGGACCGUGAUCGGAAAUAUUGCCAAAGAUCUCAACCUAAAUGUUAAGGAUCUGGACACUCGUUUGUUCCAAAUCGUUGCAGGAUCGAAGAAAAAAUAUGUUGAGGUAAAUCUAAAGACCGGUGCUCUUUAUGUCAAUGAGAGAAUAGAUCGAGAGGAACUGUGCGGUGAUGAAGCAAAAUGCUCAAUAAGUGUAGAAGCAGUUCUUAAUAAUCCUCUGAAAUUGCAUCGCAUUGAAAUUCUAAUUCUAGACGUAAAUGAUAAUUCUCCUAGUUUUCUUAUUGGUCGUCAAAUGAUUAACAUCAGUGAAAGCACGGCAGCAGGAACUAAAUUUCCGCUGCAUCCCGCCCAUGAUGCGGACAUUGGCAAAAAUACAGUACAAACCUACAGACUUAGUCAGAAUGAACACUUUUCUCUAGCAAUGCAAAAAGGAGAGAGUGCAACGCCUGAACUUGUAAUUCAGAAAGUGUUAGACAGAGAAAAGCUGUCUGCGGUUCGGCUCCUACUGACGGCUUUGGACGGAGGAACGCCUGCAAAAUCAGGCUCCAUGGUGGUUAUCGUAAAUGUGUUGGAUAUUAAUGAUAACGCCCCUGUUUUCAGUCAAACUCUGUACAAAGCCAGAGUGUAUGAAAACGUGAAGCUCGGUACGCCAAUCAUAAGUUUAAAUGCUACCGAUUUAGAUGCGGGGAAAAAUGGACACGUAACAUAUUCAUUCAGCGAAGUAGGUCGUGGUAAACAGACUGAGCUCUUUGAAAUUAACGAAGAUACCGGAACAGUGACAAACAAGAAGAAUAUAGACUAUGAAGAGACUAAUGCAUUUGAGAUUCGAGUCCAGGCCAGUGACGGAGCUUCCUCACCUAUGACUUCAAACGCUAAAUUACUUAUUGAAGUACUAGAUGUGAACGACAACGCUCCAGAAAUUACAGUUACCUCCCUAUUAAAUACAGUGAAAGAAGAUUCAUCCAUUGGCACCGCGAUUGCUCUUGUUUCUGCGUUCGAUAAAGAUAGCAGUAAAAAUGGAAUGGUGAACUGUAAAAUUGCAGACAACAUCCCUUUUAAACUAGAGUCAAACUAUAAGAAUUACUAUUCUUUAGUUGUGGAUGGAGCUCUGGACAGAGAACGAGCACCUUACUAUAAUAUUUGCAUCACAGCCACAGACGAAGGGAGCCCGCCUCUUUCAAGCACCAGCGUCAUUAUUGUUCACGUCUCUGAUGUAAAUGAUAACAAACCUCAUUUCACGGAAGACAUUAUAAACAUCUUCAUAAAAGAAAACAGUGCAACAGGAGAAGUUAUUAAAAAAGUGUCAGCAGUGGAUGCAGACAUUGCACAAAAUGGUCAAAUUAGUUAUUCAAUUUUACAUGAUAACAGCAACGCGCUGCCUCUUAGUUCUUUGCUAAGUAUUAACUCACAGACUGGAGAUAUAAUCAGUCUGCAGUCCUUUAAUUAUGAGGAGCUGAAAACGUUUCAGUUUAAAGUUCAGGCUACAGACUCCGGUGUUCCUCCACUGAGCAGCAACGUGACAGUUAAUGUUUUAAUUCUCGAUGAAAAUGAUAAUAAUCCAACUAUUUUAGCUCCUUAUUCUGAGCACGGCUCUGUUAACAGUGAGACCAUCCCUUAUUCUGCUGAAUCUGGAUACUUUGUAGCAAAGAUCAGGGCUGUGGACGCAGAUUCUGGAUACAACGCGCUGCUUUCUUAUCACCUGUCGGAGCCAAAAGGAAACAACCUGUUCAGGAUCGGAACCAGCAGCGGAGAAAUCAGGACUAAGAGGAGAAUGAGCGACAAUGACCUGAAAACUCACCACUUGUUGGUGUUAGUUUCUGAUAAUGGAGAACCUUCUCUGUCAGCCACUGUUUCUAUUGAUGUGAUGGUGGUUGAAAGCACAGCUGAUGUCCAGACUCAGUUCAGACAUGUGCCUAUAAAGGAGGACAACUUCUCUGAUUUGAACUUGUAUCUACUGAUCGCCAUCGUGUCAGUGUCUGUGAUCUUUCUGCUGAGUCUCAUCAAUUUAAUAGCUGUCAGAUGCCACAGGACAGACAGUGAUUUCAGCAGGUACAGCGCCCCCAUGAUCACCACCCACCCUGACGGGAGCUGGUCUUACUCUAAAGCUACUCAGCAGUAUGACGUGUGUUUCAGCUCAGACACACUGAAGAGUGACGUAGUGGUUUUCCCCGCAUCGUUUCCGCCUGUAGAUGCUGAACUGAUCAGUAUUAAUGGGAAUGAUACUUUUACCAGAACUCAGACUUUACCAAACACAGACAAGCACGGCUCUGUUAACAGUGAGACCAUCCCUUAUUCUGCUGAAUCUGGAUACUUUGUAGCAAAGAUCAGGGCUGUGGACGCAGAUUCUGGAUACAACGCGCUGCUUUCUUAUCACCUGUCGGAGCCCAAAGGAAACAACCUGUUCAGGAUCGGAACCAGCAGCGGAGAAAUCAGGACUAAGAGGAGAAUGAGCGACAAUGACCUGAAAACUCACCACUUGUUGGUGUUAGUUUCUGAUAAUGGAGAACCUUCUCUGUCAGCCACUGUUUCUAUUGAUGUGAUGGUGGUUGAAAGCACAGCUGAUGUCCAGACUCAGUUCAGACAUGUGCCUAUAAAGGAGGACAACUUCUCUGAUUUGAACUUGUAUCUACUGAUCGCCAUCGUGUCAGUGUCUGUGAUCUUUCUGCUGAGUCUCAUCAGUUUAAUAGCUGUCAGAUGCCACAGGACAGACAGUGAUUUCAGCAGGUACAGCGCCCCCAUGAUCACCACCCACCCUGACGGGAGCUGGUCUUACUCUAAAGCUACUCAGCAGUAUGACGUGUGUUUCAGCUCAGACACACUGAAGAGUGACGUAGUGGUUUUCCCCGCACCGUUUCCACCUGUAGAUGCUGAACUGAUCAGUAUUAAUGGAGGAGACACUUUUACCAGAACUCAGACUUUACCGAGCACAGACAAGGUGAAGCUCAGGGUAGUCUCCCCCCCGGUCCGAAUACUGGUGGUGGAGCGGAGCCUUGAGAUGGAGGAGCUCAAAGCGCGGCUGAUGAGCGAGUGCGCGCACCGUGAGACCAUCCCUUAUUCUGCUGAAUCUGGAUACUUUGUAGCAAAGAUCAGGGCUGUGGACGCAGAUUCUGGAUACAACGCGCUGCUUUCUUAUCACCUGUCGGAGCCCAAAGGAAACAACCUGUUCAGGAUCGGAACCAGCAGCGGAGAAAUCAGGACUAAGAGGAGAAUGAGCGACAAUGACCUGAAAACUCACCACUUGUUGGUGUUAGUUUCUGAUAAUGGAGAACCUUCUCUGUCAGCCACUGUUUCUAUUGAUGUGAUGGUGGUUGAAAGCACAGCUGAUGUCCAGACUCAGUUCAGACAUGUGCCUAUAAAGGAGGACAACUUCUCUGAUUUGAACUUGUAUCUACUGAUCGCCAUCGUGUCAGUGUCUGUGAUCUUUCUGCUGAGUCUCAUCAGUUUAAUAGCUGUCAGAUGCCACAGGACAGACAAUGAUUUCAGCAGGUACAGCGCCCCCAUGAUCACCACCCACCCUGACGGGAGCUGGUCUUACUCUAAAGCUACUCAGCAGUAUGACGUGUGUUUCAGCUCAGACACACUGAAGAGUGACGUAGUGGUUUUCCCCGCACCGUUUCCACCUGUAGAUGCUGAACUGAUCAGUAUUAAUGGAAAUGAUACUUUUACCAGAACUCAGACUUUACCAAGCAAAGAGAAGUACUGCAAGAUGUUGUCCUGA